AUGGUGGACUCGGUGCUGUCCCAUGGUGCUGAGGUGUGGGGCGUGCAGCUGGCGGCCAAAGCGGCGUGCUGCCAUCGUGGCAGUGCCGGCAGCGCGGCCGAGAAGCUGCAACUCAGCUACCUACGCCACCUGCUGGGGGUCCGGCAGAGCACCCCCAAUGCGGCCCUCCUUGCGGAGACUGGCGAGCGCCCGCUGUGGCAGCGCUGGCUGCGGCGGGCAGCCAAACUCUGGAACAAGACGCUGGAGGAGCGUCCCGGCAGCCUGUUGCAGCAAGCGCUGUUGUCCAGCGUGCAGCUCGCAGAUGGCGCCCACCCCCUGGCACAGCAGUCCUGGGCUGCCCAGCUGGCGGCCGGUCUCGCAGCGGUCGGCAUGCAGCUGGACCUGCAGCAGCCAGCACCUGUUGACCUCGGCGAGCUGGGGGAAGCUGCGCAGCGCCGCCAGCUGGCGCAGCUCCAGGAGGCGCUGGCGAAGGGCGGCGCCAGCCGGCUGGAGCACUAUGUGCACAACGUGGUGGGCGCCCUCAACCUGGCGCCCGCCAUGUUUGGGCAGCGCGAGACCUACCUGGAUGCAGUACGGCGUCGGCAGGACCGCGAGGCGCUGGCGCAGCUGCGCACCGGGUCGCAUUGGGGCGCGGAAGAGACCGGCCGCUGGACGCGGCGCCCCCGAGAGCAGCGA